AUAAGUACAUGUAGACUACGUAUUUCAGCAGUCAUGUCUUGUAGGACGUCCAUCAGAGAGGAGUUCAGGCUAAUUAACCUGAGAUUAUGUCACCAUCAACCUCACAGAUUCGUCAAUGCCCAGUAUCACCAAGUCCACCGGGUGUUUUAUGUGAUUUAUCGGUGGGUAAUUGCCUGCUUCCUCUUGGCCGUGUCCAUUGUGUCCGGAAAUCAGAACGGCACUGGACAUUACUUCAUAUAUUUAACACACUGGACUUUCAUCAGUUUGACCUUUAGUCACGUGGUUCGAGCAGGGUCAGCUCUGUAUUACCAUGUGGCCCACAAUGAAACUGACACUGUCGUGGGUGAAAUCAACGAAGACCGAAUGCCCUGGUAUUUGAAGUUCCUGUGGGUCAGUUUUAACGUGUCAGGUUCCCCGUCCCUGGCCGUGACAAUCAUGUACUGGGGCAUGGUGUAUACUGAAGACUCCACGGUGGAUUUCGUCAACUUCGCUGUACACGGAUCCAACUCCAUAGUAGUAGUGUUGGAUCAGUUUGUGACCGGGAUGCCAGUCCGGAUUCUACAUGCCCACCAUCCACUUAUCUAUGCAGUUCUGUACUCCCUCUUCACUGGGAUAUACUACGCUGCUGGGGGUACCACGGCGGGCGGCGAGAAAGCCAUCUACGCUGUCCUGGACUACGAAAAGAGCCCCGGUCUGGCUGUGGGAUUGUUACUUGUUGCCUCUUUUAUAGCCAUUCCACUGCUACACGUCUUGUUGUUUGGCCUUUAUCAGCUACGAGUCUUUCUUUACCGGAAGUGUUGCCUUGGUAACGCCGUGAAGGACAGUUCACCAGAAACAGGGCAAAAUGACAACACAAUGGCUGUUGCCAAUCCCGCUUUUGUUCCAGGCGACAUGUGUUGAACAUAAUUACAGGGAUAUAAUAUCUUCUAGUGACUAUUAAGGGCUGUUCGGGUGAAUUUUUGAUGUCAUACAGGAAUAUACAGUGGUAGAUAUAAUUGUCAAUGUACACAAUAUCGAUAAUUUUUUUCAUGGUACAAGGAUGAUUCUUAUACUUCCGAUGAAACACAAAUCGCUCAGGCAUAUUUCAAACCGUGGAAAGAUCAGGGUACCGCCAUUAGUGAGGGGAACAUCCCUAAUGGGAAGGAAGUCUACUGGUCCGAGAAAACCAAAGAAGUAAGACCGAUGUAUUCAAACAAGACAAAAAAUUACCAAUGUAUACGGUAAUAAACAUCGAUGCAUUUGAAAACUGUACCCACGAUGAAGAACAAAAAAACAUAAUCUCCAACAGUAAUAACGACAACAACGUCGUCCUCGCUUAGAGUCGGUCGUCGCAGCUUGAAAGUUGAGAGAAGGUUUGGAGUAUAGCAUAGAAGAUUGAAAACUGGACAAAUUUGAUUGGCGUAGGAGAAGACGUCGACUGAUACAAGUUCAUCUGUAAACACGGUACUAGGAUAUGCAUGAAGUUGUAUAUCAUAAUAUAAUUGUCAUUUUAGUCCCGAUGAUUUGAAGGUUCCGAUUAAGAUGAGACAAAAGUAUCACUUUUGCACAUAACAAAGGCGAAGGAGUUGAAUACCCAGACCAACAACACACCAGAUACCCAGACUGACGGCAUACCAGACACUAGUCUAACACGAUUAUCAACACGAAAGGUAAAAGUUUACCAAACCUGUAGUAAAACAAUACCAAAUACUUAGAGCAAACAUGCAAAGUUUGUGGACAGACCUCGGUCCAGUAGGCACAGAGUCUAACACAAUGCUAUCAGUAAAGCAGCACACCAAAUCCCAGUGUUACAGUAUUCCGAAUUCCUAGUCUAGCAGCACACCAAAUCCCAGUGUUACAGUAUUCCCAAUCCCUAGUCUAGCAGCACACCAAAUACUCAGACUAACAACAUUGCUAAAAGCAUACCAGACUCAAAAAAGGUCCUACAAUUUUGUCGUCCGUUAAUAAGUUGACAAUCAAUCAUAUUUGGUGGGUGCAGAAUAACUGAUUAGUGUACCAGAUGCUAGUACCGUAGUUUUCCGACCAUAUUAAACUUUUUCUACAUAUGGUAUAUGUAUAUAUUAUUUAUAUAACAGCGUGCAUAUAUAUACAUAUAUAUAAUUUUAUUAU